GUCAUCGUAGCUCUCUCUCAGGUUCUUCCACCCCUCUUGAACAAACCCUAGGCUCCCUUAUCGCAUCUACCUCACUACCCAAUCAGAAUCUCAUAGUUUUCAAUCCAAUUUCAAAUCCUCCUCUUUCCGAUUAGCCAUGGAUGCGCAGCGAGCUCUCCUCGAUGAACUCAUGGGCGCAGCUCGGAAUUUGACGGAGGAAGAGAGGAAAGGAUAUAAGGAGAUCACUUGGGACUCUAAGGAGGUCUGCGGAGCUUAUAUGGUUCGGUUUUGCCCUCAUGAUCUGUUUGUCAACACACGAAGCGAUUUAGGGCCGUGUCCGAGAAUACAUGACUCCAAGCUGAAAGAAAGCUUUGAGAACUCUCCAAGACAUGCUGCAUAUGUGCCGAGGUUUGAGGCUGAUCUUUUUCAGUUUUGUGAGAAAUUGGUGAUGGAUUUGGACAGAAGAGUUAAGCGUGGGCGAGAACGCCUUUCUCAGGAGGUGGAACCUCCACCACAACCUCCUCUGUCAGCUGAAAAGGCCGAGCAGUUAUCUAUUGUGGAGGAAAAAAUAAAGAACUUACUGGAACAAGCAGAGGAACUUGGUGCAUCUGGGAAGGUGGAUGAAGCUGAAGCAUUGAUGAGAAAGGUGGAUGUGCUUAAUGUUGAGAAGACAGUCUUGGCUCUGCAGCCACCCAAUGCUCAAGCAUUAAUGGUUCCACAGGAGAAAAAAAUGGCACUUUGUGAGAUCUGUGGUUCAUUUCUUGUAGCCAAUGAUGCUUUAGAGAGGACUCAAUCUCAUGUCACUGGGAAGCAGCAUAUUGGUUAUGGCAUGGUUCGGGAUUUUAUUGCUGAGUAUAAGGCAGCUAAGGAGAAAGCAAGGGAAGAAGAAAAGUCAACUAGGGAGAAAGAAGCAGAAGAACGGAGGAAACAGCAGGAGAAGGAAAAUGAGAGUAGAAGGAGAAGUGGUUCAAGUGACAGGGAUAGGUAUCGUGAUCGUGACAGAUAUAGAGAACGUGACUUGGAUCGUGAAAGGUCAAGAGAGUGGAAUGAUAGAGGUGGUCGAGAUGGUGGAAGAGGGGUGGAUUGGAGGUCCAGGAAUGGAAGAGAUGGGGGCAGGGAUAGGUCCCGUAAUCGAAGCCGGUCACGUUCCCCUGUUAGACAUUCCCACAGAAGGUCACCUAGGAGUCCAGUUCGCCCAUAUUAAUGAGUUGUGUAGAUAUAUGUCUGAGCUUUCAAAUUUAUUGAGGUAGAUUUUCAUAUCUCUAAGGUUUAUGAUGAACAUGUGCAUUUGGAGUUUUAAACUAAAUUGUCAUCAUGGGUGAAACGUUUCUUUGCCA